GUACUUGUAACGUUAUGGUACAACUUCAUGUUGUAACUUAAAACACUAAUACUUUAAAGCAUAACAUAAAUGCUCCUAACCAAUAAGCUUUUAUAUUCAUAAAAGAUUUCUAGUCUAUAUAUAAUAUAUAUAUAUAUAUAUAUAUGGUGAGGACUGGUGUACGUCAGGCGUAUAGUAUAUGUCAGAUUUCUUCACCGUUGAUCUCAUCUAACGGUCAUUAUUUACGAUAAUAAAAAAUCAUUAUUUUUUGCCAUUAUAAUUACCAGUUACACCCAUUAAAAUUAUAUACAUACGAUAUAGUCCUCGAACAAAUUUUACCAUUGCUUUUCAUAUUAUAGUACCUUAUUUUUUCUGAAUCGCUAUUCGUCGCCCUAAAUUUUAAAUCUUUUCACCCUAAUUUAUUCCUAAUUUUAAUUUAAAUUAUUUUAUUAAAUCAAUUAACUUCAUAAAUCAAACCCUAAACUAAUUCAAAAUCGCUGUCCGUCUCACCCCUGGCGAUCGACUCGGUUGCGGCGCUUGCUUCUCGCUGAACCUGCCUCUCGUCGACGGUCACCGGAGCUCCAACGUCCGACCACGACUACGGCUUGUCCUUGGUUCUUAGAUCAAGAAGACUAAUAUAGCAAUUGUCAGAGUAGCUAUCUAUAAGAGUUCUUUUCGUCCAACCAAUGGAGUUGAUUGGCGUGACCUAGAGACCAUCAUGGAAAUUCGUAGAAGAAAUCAACAUGCUUCCCGGUGAAAUGAUCCCAUACGCCGAUUCCGUCCGUACUCUUUGAUUUUGUUUUUCCAACCGCUGAAGGUUCGGUGGUUGGGAUUUUGGAUGUGGCGAGCGCUCCGGCAAUAAAGCUCUUGACUUGAUUGUCGUGGGUGACUUGGAAUUUGAAUCGGAGAUGGUCGGAGGUUUUUUUUUUUAAGAACUAUUCUGCCGUCACCGCGGCCGAGUCGUUUGGAGGCGGAGACGUCGGAACUCCGGUGGCCGUCGACGAUAGGCAGGUAGAGCGAGGAGCAGGCGCCGCCGCCGAGUCGAUCGCCAUGGGUGACCUAGGGAGACAAAGCUCUAAAAAUAAGUUUGGGAGCUAUAAUGCGCGUAUAAAAUAGUAAUGGGUGUUGUUAGUAAUUAUAUUUGCUAAUUAAUAAUUAAUUAAAUCAUUAUUACUAAUAACCGUCAGAUUAGAUCAACGGUGUCAGGCAUCUGGCGUAUACUAUACGCCUGACAUACACCAGUAUGACCCAUAUAUAUAGUAUAGUAUGUAGAAUUCAUUAUUUAUAAUAUGAUCUAAAACACUUGGAGUGAUAUACCUUCAAAACUUAUUUAAACACAUAUAAUGCAAAGGGUUUAAACACAAAGCACACACAUAGCGAACAUAAUAGCAGAAUAUCAAUUGGCAACGCUGACUCAACAUUUGGUAGUAUAAAAGAAUGCACAACCUAAGGAGAAAUUUUACAAUGCUAUAUAGUAUUGGUGCUAUAGGUUUUUGCCUUUAUGGUACAACUUAAAAUUGUACAUUUAAGUUAUGGUACAACUUCAGAUUGUACCUAUACUUUUUGUGCAAAUUCUUUUACGGUACAACUUGAACUUGUACCUUUAUGUGAUGGUAAAACUUCAAGUUGUAAAGUUGUACCAUAACAUAAUGGUACAAAUUGCUUUAUGGUACAACCUAAACUUAUACAUUUAAUAUUAUGGUACAACUUUGAGUUGUACAUUAAAGCACCAAUGCUAUAUAGCAUAGUAGAAGUGCUCCAACCUAAGACCAAAAAUAGAGGAGUUACCCGAUGAAGAUAAGUUGAUAUAAGAUGAAUUCGGUGGUCUCGUCUUUUGGUUGGUGGAAGGAGCGUAUGCACCGACAUAAACUUCCUGGCGGCUGCCUGGCAUGCUGGAAGCAAAAGGUUGAAAGGAAAAUUGGCGCAAUACAGAUGCAUGGGCGCACUCUCUUAUUGAUCAACGAUGGUGUAUAUUGUGGAGGGGCAGUGGCUGCACAGAGGGAGGAGCGUGGAGCGAUGACGGAAGUUGCCGAUGAAGACGAAAAUCGACCACGAAUUGGAGGGCAGGGUCGAUGAUGUCUAGCAGAGGCUGAGGGUUAAGAACCUGUUCUUUCAAAAUGUAUUUGGAGAAUUGUGGAUAUGUUGGAACGGAAGAACGAUUGCGACGGAUGAAAGAAUUCAUGAUAUUAGUGGUUCCAAGAGGGUGGUGGCGACAGAAUAAUGGUGUUUUUUUAUAAGCAGGCGGGAUGGAUUAUUUUCCCGAAGGAAGAGACAAAUGAGGAGAACUACUGUGUAGGGUUAUGACGUGAACCAUGUAAGUUUUCAGCGGAGAUUACGUGGAGGGUGGAAAUCUAAAAGGCCUUUAAGAUAUUUUAUAGAUAGAUAGAUAGAUAGAUAGAUAUAGAUUUAUGUAUCUAUGUUCAUCUUCUUCUUUGCUCCAUUCUCCACCAUUUAUUUAAAGAGAUUUAUCAAACACCUUCCGGAACCCAACACCGCCCACAUCGCCUCCAGCUCGUACGCGAACAUGAAAAAUCAUAAAUUGAGACCAGAAUUAUAGUGGCCCAUUACUUUCCUUGUAGAUCAUUUUUCUUAGCUCUUUGUAUACACCUCUACAUUUGUCGUCUUUGCUUUAUCUUAAUUCUGAUUGAUUCCUACAAGUCUCGAACCUAAUCAAGAAAACCAAGGUGCUUGAUUACCAAUUUGCAUGUAAAAAUUGUCACCAUCUCCCCUAUGAAACAAGUGUUCCUUACGUAUAGAAAACCUUCUCUGUUUCUGCAUCUACCACUCUCUCCUUGAUAUGUCCUUCAUAUCAUUGACAUUCAACAUUAAGUACAAAUCUCAUAACAUAUUUUUGAAAUAGCCAAACUUGGGGAGAUCAAUUGUAACACCCUUUCUUACAUAACAUAAAACCAUGCAUAUUUAAAAAUAUUUGCUUAAACUAUAUUACAACACCUGACAAUUAUUUCAAACAUGCACAAAAGAAAACCCCUUUUCUUUUCCCAAAAGCCCUAAUAUGUACAUGUGGAGAUUCGAGUCAUCCGCCCACCUCAUCGCGGUCAAACUGGAGCUUGCCUUGUCCCCAUCUUCUACUUCUGCUUUUCAAAAUCUGAGGGAAAAAUAUUGACGGGAGUGAGACGUCACCUCAAUGAGUAAGCCCUAUCCUAGUAUCAGAACUAAUAUAACCAUAACAUUAAGCAUUAACAAUAUUAAUUUUCACAUCUAACAUUCAACUCCUAAUUUCCAUGAUACUAAAGUCUUACUUUAUCA